AUGUCAGGAUAUGGAGGACGUAGUGCGACCUUUGCGUGCGGCGUUAGCAGCGAGAUAGCAUCAACUUCUUGGAAUGCCAUUUUGUUCGCAUUAUGGGUCUCGCUGGAGCCUGCGAGCACCAACAAAGGCCAUGAGUUGGCGGCCGCAUGUGGUAUCUAUCACGACUUCGACAUUCCGCUUCGUUCUCAAGAGGAGAUUGGUCAGGGUGGUGGACUGAGCGGCAGUAUCCGAAACUUCACGUCGGCUAUCGCGGUAGCAGUAUACACUGCAACGCUGAGCAAUCGCUUGUUGACAACAAUUCCGCAAGAGGUCUACCCAGUGGCUCGCAGACUCGGGCUACCGGAAAGAUCUCUGGCUGCUCUCGCUAGCGCACUCAAAGGCGCAAGUUCCUACGACAGUGUACCGGGCUUGACACCUGCGAUCAAAGCCGCCGUCCAAGCCCCAUUUCGACUCGCCUUCAAGAACGCGGCCAGCACAGUAUUCUUAGUGAUCCUAGCAUUCUCAGGCACUGCCAUCAUCCUGGCAUUCUUCACCACAAACAGUGAUAAGAGCACAGAGCACUAUGUUGCAGGAGGCCUUCACGGAACGAAAGACGAGAAGAAAUACCUGGAAGAGUUAAAGCAUGAGCAACACGCCUCCUUGACGCCACCGAAGUAA